AUGGCAUUGAUUCUCCUAAUCGCUUGUAUCAUUUUUGUUUGGAUAACUUCUCUAUUCAAAAUUUUCCUUCUUGCUCGCAUCCGUUCCACCAAACAUUUUACGCUGAAUGGUAGAGCUUUUCGGAAGAGAAAUGUCUUACUGGUUAUUGCUCACCCUGAUGAUGAAUCCAUGUUCUUUGCUCCAACUAUAAAUUUUCUGACAUCAAGAGGGCAUAAUGUUCAAAUACUCUGCUUAUCUAAUGGUGAUGCCGAUGGCAAAGGGAAUGUUAGAAAGCAAGAGCUUUAUCAGGCUUGUGUAUCCCUCAAGGUUCCAAUGCAACAAGUGAAGAUUAUCAACCAUCCAGAUCUGCAGGAUGGUUUUGGUAAAGUUUGGAACCAUAGCUUAUUGGCAAAGAUUAUUGAGGAAGAAAUAACCAGUCACUGCAUUGAUAUGAUUAUUACUUUUGACAAAUACGGUGUCUCGGGACAUUGUAAUCAUCGUGACGUGCAUUAUGGAGUAUGCAGCAAGUUACUAUAUGAUACGUCAAGAGGAGAUAUCGAAGUUUGGGAGCUUGUCAGCACCAACAUAUUGCGCAAAUAUAGCGGUCCAAAUGAUAUAUGGUUAUCUAUGUUUUGGGCCAUGCUGCCCUCAAAUGGAACAGUGCAGUGCUUGGUAAAUGAACAUUCGCGUAGAAGUUUUAUUGCUAUGUCGCAACACAAAAGCCAAUGGGUUUGGUUUCGCAAGCUUUUUGUAAUCUUGUCCAGUUAUACUUAUAUGAACACUCUUAGAAAGAUCAAGUGA